GGCGCCAUGGUGAGGCCGCCCAUGGCCUUCCGGGCGCGCGUCGGCGACGCCGCGCACCCGGCGGCGGCGGGCCGCUACCGGCUCUAUUUGAGCGACGCGUGCCCGUGGGCGCACCGCUGCGCCAUCGUGUUGAAGCUCAAGGGCCUCGAACGCGCCGUCGCCGUCACGCGCACGGGCCCGCUGUUGGAGAACCUGCGCUUCGCGCCGCCCUUCGACGCCUACCGCGGCUGGCCGCUCGUCGGCGACGACCGCUUCGCGUUCGUCGACGAGCUCUACGAGCACGCCGCGCCCGGCUACCGCGCGAGCCACGGCGACGGGCGGCCGUCGUUCUCGGUGCCCGUCCUCUUCGACGAGGCGACGCAGACCAUCGUCAACACGGAGUCGGCGGACAUCGCCGACAUGCUGAACUCGCGCUUCGACGACUUCGCGGACCGCCCGGACGUCGACCUCGCGCCCGCGGCGCUCGCGGAGGCCAUGGACGCCGUCAACGCCGUCGUCUACCCCGCGAUCAACGACGGCGUCUACCGCUGCGGCUUCGCGCGGACGCAGGAGGCCUACGACGCGGCGCACGCGGCCCACGCGCGGGGCAUGCGCGAGAUCGACGGCCUUCUGAGCCGCACGCGGUGGCUCUGCGGCGACCGCUUCACGCUCGCGGCUGUGCUCGCGGACGUGCGCCUCUUCACGACGCUCGCGCGCUACGACGCGAUCUACUCCAUCCACUUCAAAACGGGUUUCCGCCUCGCGGCGGACUUCCCGAACCUCCACCGCUUCGCGCGGGACGCGAUGCGCCUCCUCGCGGACACGGUGGACCUCGACUUCGCGAAGGAGCACUACUACGCGUCCCACCGCAUGCUCAACCCCGCGGGCAUCGUGCCCCGGGGGCCCGCGUGCGAC